AUGCAUGCCCUUCAGUUUCUGUUCAAGACCAGCCCUGCUGUCCUGCUCCUCGUUCUCAGCCUGAGACUUGGGUCUGGCGCAGCUCAAAACCUAGUACAGGAGGUGAUUUCAGCAAAACUGACAAUUGAUCCAGUGGAAAACUCAACUAACUAUUAUGAUGUAACAGUCACAGUUAAAAGUCACGUGGCCAAAUGCUUAGUGGUUAGAGUCACACUUGAGGCCUCCAACAACAUCAUUUUUCCUUAUGGUAAUUUUAAUUACACAGCCUGUCUGUGUGAUUUCAGUACAAGAAACUUCUUUUGGGAAAUACAAGCAACAGAAAAUGGGAUCAUAAAAGGGAAAGUUGAAGUUGUGUCAGAAGAGAAUAUAUGCCCUUCUGAUGAGGAACUCUGCAUCAUUGUUUACAAAGUUUGUAUCAAGCGUGAAAUCAUCAUAAUAUGCUGA